AUGGAGGAUGAUUUUGUAAAAGCGAGGCAAGAAUCUCUCCCUGCGCCAGGCGCCGCUCGCCCGGGCCUGGCGGUAGGGGCGGCGCCGCGGGAGGCUGCGCGGAGCCGGGCGUGCGCGGGGCGCGGAGCUGCGCGGCGUGUGCGAGGCCUCCUGCCUGCUGCCACCCUGGCGCUGCGCUGCCUGGACGGCGUUUUCCUCUCGCCCAACGAGGAUGACUUCGUGGGCAGGAUCGCGGAGGAGCUGGAGCAGUUCCUGCUCCAGGGUCAGCACCACAGAGUGCUCCUGUUUCCCCCUCUGUCCAGUCGCCUCCGGUACCUGAUCCAUAGGACGGUGGACAACGUGGAUUUGUUAAGCAGCUUUUCUGUUGGGGAAGGAUGGAGGAGGAGGACGGUUGUCUGUCACUCGGCCAUAAGGCUGCCCGAUGAGGCCGGUGACCAAAACCCCAACAACGACGCGCCAAGGCCGCAGCGGGCUCCCCAGCCGCGGGGCCGGGGAGGCCGAGCCCCCAGGCUGCGGCGCGGCGCGGAGGUGCCUGGGGACGUGCCUCGAGCCUGCGCGGGAUCCGGCAGGAUAAAAAGGCCGCCCCGGAGGAAGCCGGACAAAGCCCUGUACGUCCCCAAGGCGAUGCGCAAGAAAGCGGAGUGGGUGGAGAGCGAGAGCCUGGUGGCGGCUGGCGCCGGGCCGGGCGAGGAUGUGGCACGAGGAGAAGAGAUCUGUCCUAAAGCUUCAGUCGGUGAUGCCCGAGGUGAACCAGGUAAGCCCGAAGGCAGCACAGAGUCCGACCCAGCAGCUGGUGGCAUCUCUUCAGCCCUUGACAAGGAGCAGGACCUGGGAGAAACUGGUGAAGAGUCUAUUUCAAGAAAAAAUGAUGAUAAAAAUGACUGUCCUGCCUGCUGCAUGGAUGUCCCAUUGCUAGGGAACAGUAACGAUGUCCCUGAGCAGGAAGGUCAGGAUGAAGACUGUUCAGAUUCCCUUGCUUCUGUACACAACGAAAACCUAAGCGAAGCAGAAGAGCAAGCUAAGAGCUGUGACGACACUCUUGUGUUGGAAGGUAGCAAAACCCUGUGCCAGCUGCAAGCUCAAGACCAAAACAGCAGCGAUGGCAGCGUACUGGAAGGCAGCAAAAACAUCUCACAGUCAGAAAACCAUAGCAGUAACUACUGUACAGACAUCGCUGCAGCAGAGCCUAGUGCAACGUUACUGGCACUGGAAGACCAAGAUAAGAGCUCUACUGAUGCCAAGACACCAGGGAGUGGCAAAACCCUGUCACCGCUAGAGGAGCAGAGCAAGGACUUUCUGAAUACUGGUAUGUUGGAGCUGAGUAAGAGCUUUUUGGAACUGGAAAGCCAGGAUCAAGAUUGCUCCCCUGUCACCCAGGUGGAGCACGACCAAAACUCCCCAGAAACCCAAGAUCAGCAUCUGACUGCACCCGAACCGCUCUGUGGUGAGAACCCGUCAGCUCCUGACAACCAGAACCAGCAAAAGGUCGAUGUUUCUGUGCAAAACCAUGGCAGAAAGGUAUUCUUGCCAGAAGAGGGGGACAAGGAGUGCUCGGGCUUGGCCGAUGUGCUGUGGCGUGAGCUACAGUUGUCUGCAGGCGAUAAAGGUGAGGAGAGCCUGGCCGUCCGUGAGCAGGAGAACAGCUUUGAGGACGACUGUACCGCUGAGCUCUUGGAAGAGAUUGCAGCUUAUUUAACUGUGAAGGACAUAAGCAUAGAGAAGAUCAAGUUUGAUUAUUCCAGUUAUGGAGAUGCCCAGCUCAGUGAAGGGGACUUUGGGCACGUAAUUGAAAUCUAUGACUUCUCCCCGUCGCUGAAGACAGAGCACCUAUUAGAAAUGUUCUCCGAGUUCCAUGAGAGUGGAUUCAAAAUUCAGUGGGUCGAUGAUACGCAUGCCUUGGGAAUCUUCUCCAGUCUGGCAGCAGCAUCUCAAGCCCUGGGGCGAAGUUACCCUUCUUUAAAGAUCCGACCAUUGAUCCAUGGGACAAGGCAGUCUAAAAUUAAGGCACUUCAGCGACCAAAGCUCCUUCAGCUCGCAAAAGAGAGACCCCAGACCGACACUGCGGUGGCGAGGAGGCUGGUGACCAGGGCUUUGGGAUUGAAGCACAAAAAGCAGCGCGUCUCAGGCAGUGAAGUGCUCCCGCCAGAAAGCUUGGACCAGGAAGAGUAAACCGUGCCAGCAAAAUGAGAUGUAUAGAUGAGCAUGGCUGUGAUAUUAAACUGCAUGCAGAACA